AUGGGGUUCUUGAGUGAUCAUCCGCAUACUGCAAUCACUGAUACGAUCGAUUUGUGUGUUUCGAGACCAGAAUGCUCUUUAGAAGUUGAAUUAGGGACUUUGGUGGGGCUUAUUAGGAACAAAUCUAGUGAUUAUGAGUACGAAACGAACCAGGAGGAAGCUGCUAGGGCUUUGAGGAAGAAAUUGAAGUACGGGAACCGGUUGCAACAAUCUAGGUCCUUAGAUUUGUUCGAUUUGUUUGUCACGCAGGGGUUGAGAUUUGUAGUGUUGUACAAUGAUGACAAGUUGAUUGAACGUUUGCAGGGCAUUGCGUUAAAUAAGGUGACAGAUUCGCGUGGUGGGCGUUAUAGCUCGAAGAUUGUUAAGAAAUGUGCCAACUAUGUGCUUGGUUGGUACAGUUACGCUGUUUCCAAUGGUGCGCAGUCCAAUCGGGCUUAUGCUAGUAUAGUGGAGCUUGGAAGAGUAGUGAAGAGACAUUACUCUAGAACUCGGCAAAGUCGUGAGAGGUCUAAUUUCAUGAACGAUCAGGCGGACGAGUCGGUGCAUGCGACGAACGAUCCAGAUCAGAUGUAUGGGAUUCCACGUAUCGAUAUUAAGAAAGCUGCACCAGCGAUACGUGUGGUGAUUAGUGAUGGGCUAGCAGCUGCUAUCUCCCUACGUAAUUCCUUAAUGGUUCUUCCCUCAGGUGCUAGGUCUACUGACGAUGAAGAAGCCACGGCGAGAUUUAUUCAGGCUAGAUCGAUUAGACGUAAAGUCCUCAGAUAUUUGCAACUGGUCACUGAAGAAGAGUUCCUUGGUAGUUUGAUUCAUGCCAAUGACGAGCUGGUCAAGGCAUUAGCCAGCUACGAUGAAAAGAGUGGUGCCUCAGAAGCCAGCAGUGAAGAACUGUACUCGGACGAGGAUGAAGAUCAGGACAGCAGUGGGUAUGAAAGUAGUUCAGUGGCGUCCGUUCAGCCAUCAACAUCUUCCAACCCGUUUGGUGAUCAGAAUAAAAUUUAA